AUGGCUUCGCAGACGCAGACGGAGACGCAGACGCUGCGGGCUGCGUCGGAUGCUGCAGGCCCGAGCAACAAGCUGCACGGCAGAGCGUUUUACGAGAGCAUAGGGAGCCCCAAGUUUGUGCUGGCUCCCAUGGUGGAUCAAUCCGAGUUUGCUUGGCGCAUGCUCACGCGAUCCUUUCUCACCGACCAAGAAAAGAAAAAGAUGCUCGCCUACACGCCCAUGUUCCACGCCCGUCUCUUCGCUCAGGACGCCAAGUACCGCAAAGCGCACUUCCAGGCCCUGAAACCCGAUUCGACCGAACCGUGGCUCGACGGAAACCCUGCCGUCGACCGGCCGCUUUUCGUCCAGUUCUGCGCCAACGACCCGGAUGCUCUGCUCUCUGCGGCACGCCAAGUCGCUCCGUACUGCGACGCCGUCGACCUGAACCUGGGCUGCCCCCAAGGCAUCGCCCGCAAGGGCCACUACGGCGCCUUCCUCCAGGAAGACCAGGACCUGAUAUUCCGGCUCAUCAACGUGCUGCACAGGGAGCUCCCCGUCCCGGUGACGGCCAAGAUCCGCAUCCUGGAAUCCAGGCAAGAGACCCUGGCCUAUGCGCGAAACGUCCUCCGCGCGGGGGCAUCGAUCCUGACCGUGCACGGGAGGCGGAGAGAGCAAAAGGGCCACCUGACCGGCGUUGCCGACUGGGGAACGCUGCGCUUCCUGCGGGACAACCUCCCCCCCGAGACGGUCCUGUUUGCCAACGGCAACAUCCUGCGGGGAUCCGACAUGGAGGAAUGCCUGGCAGCCACCGGGGCCGACGGCAUCAUGAGCGCCGAGGGCAACCUCAGCGACCCGGCGCUCUUCGCAGCAGAGCCGCCCGUGGGCCAGGGAGGAAGGGAGUACUGGCGCGGCAGGGACGGAAAGGGCGGCUGGAGAGUCGACGCCAUCACAAGACGCUACCUGGACAUCCUGCACAAGUACGCUCUGGGUGCCGAGCCGCCGCCGAGACGGCCUCUGUUUGUCCCGGGCGACGACGCGUCUUGGCUCCAAGAGAGCCAGCCCAAGGAAGCGGGAGCGGGAGCGGAAGCCGGAGCGGAAGCCGGAGCGGAAGCCGGAGGGGAAGCCGGAGCCGAAGAGCCUGCCAGGAAGCGCCGCAAAAAGGACGCCCACGGCGGGCCGGCAAGGCGAGAGGAGCCGUGCCCCAACCUGACGGCCAUGCAGCCACACCUGUUCCACCUUCUUCGCCACCUCGUCACCAAGCACACCGACGUGCGCGACAUGCUGGCCAGGAGCCGCAAGGACGGCAUCCAAGGCUACGAGCGGGUCCUGGACGCGGUGGAGCGCAAGGUCGCCGCGGGCAUUCUGGAGUACGAAGCCACGGGCGGCCGCAGCUUCGAGGAAGAGCUGGAGAAGCUGGGCGACGCCGACGCCGACGCCGACGCCGCCGCCGCCGACGACGAGGGCCAGAGCUCCAAGGGCACGGUGCGGAGGUGCAAGAGGCCGUGGUGGGUGGCGCAGCCCAUCGUUCGGCCGCUGCCCAGCGAGGCCCUGGCCAAGGGGGCCAUCCGCCCGAGCAAGAAGGAGCUGCAGGCCCAGGCGCGAGCCAAGGCCGCCGCCGCGGUGGCAGAGGGCCGUGUCGAGAGCCGGGCCGAGACGGUUGCCGGCGACGGCGGGACUGGCAGCCGAGUAGACUUGUAA